AUGCUAAGUAAUGCAAAUCUCGAUGCUUCUCACAUUCUACGAAGAGAAGAGGUUAAGAAAUGUAAUAGAAAUGUCUAUGACAAAAUUGGGACCCCCAUCGACGUUGGGGAAUUGGCAUUUUUUACGAUGAUGAACACGACCAUGAACAUGUUGUGGGGUGGCACACUACGAGGAGAGGAAGGGGCUAAUGUUGGGGCUCAGUUUAAGAGUAUGCUGGCGGAACUAAUGGUAAUAUUUGCAAAACCAAACGUUUCUGACUUUUUCCCAUUCCUUGCAAGGUUUGAUUUGCAAGGGAUUGAGAGGCAAUCAAAGAGGAUUUCUCAGUGGAUUGAACGCAUUCUUGACUCUGCCAUUGAAAAACGGAUGGAUAUGGCCAAGGAGAAAGAAGAGGGAAAAGGAAGGAUUGAAGAAAAAAAGGACUUUUUGCAAAUUCUCUUGGAGAUAAAGGAUCAAGGUGAUGCUGCAACAUCGAUAAGAAUGAACCAACUCAAGGCCUUGCUUAUGGACAUAGUAGUGGGUGGAUCGAACACCACAACAACGAUGGUGGAAUGGGUGAUGGCGAAGCUGAUGCAACAUCCAGAGGCAAUGAGAAAAGUGAAUGAAGAAUUAACAAAAAUCGUUGGGGUGGAUAGCUUAGUGGAAGAGUCGCAUUUGCCCAAAUUACACUAUCUAGAUGCUGUCAUCAAAGAGACGUUCCGUUUGCACCCAGCGCUCCCUCUCCUAGUAACCCGUGUUCCAAGCCAAUCUACCACCAUUGGAGGCCAUUGCGUACCCAAAAGGACUAGGGUUUUCUUGAAUGUUUGGGCUAUACAUAGGGACCCAAAGAUCUGGAAAAAUCCAUUAGAAUUUCAACCAGAAAGGUUCCUAAUAAGUGAUCCUACCAAAUUGGAUUAUUCAGGAAAUAAUUUUAAUUAUAUUCCGUUUGGAUCCGGGAGAAGAAUAUGUGCAAGGCUUCCACUAGCAGAAAGGUCUGUAAUGUACGUCGUAGCUUCGUUUCUGCAUUCGUAUGAGUGGAAGUUGCCAUAG